AAUGUAACGUGUCUAUUUUUACACAGUGCCAUGUUGAUGGUUUUGGAAGAAGAAGAAAACAAUAUGAAUUUCAUCAAAUUCUACUUUGUUGAAUCCAGAGCAUUUUCCGGUUAUUUAAUACAAAUAUAAAUUCCUCCAAGAAGAAGCCCAACUUCAAAUCCGGCUCGGUGAAACACCAUUUUACCAACACUUUUAAAUCCUUUAUCUACUUCCGGCAAGAUCAUAUGUUGAUGACGUGAAACGGGACUGGACCAUAAAAUUAAGAGUUAACUUAUCAUGUCGAAAUCAGGAUUCUUCGGACUUGAGUCAAGAGAGGUUGUGAGAGUUAAAGUAAAGAAAUAUGAGGGCUUUAUGCAGCCAGAGUCAAAAAAAUUUUCUCUGGACCCGCAGAUUACGUCAUUCGAAAUGCUUCAACAUAUCAUUGCAAGUGCUUUUAACAUCAAAGGAGAUUUUACCAUGAGUUACCUUGUGAGAGAUGACUAUGGACAAGAAAUCUACCUUAGCAUGUUGUCAGACUGGGAUAUGGAUGCAGCUGUUCAAAGCGCCUCAAAUCCAUGUCUCCAGCUUAAAGUAGAUGCCAAACCUUUUGAAGACGGACUAGAAGACUGGGACAUCAUUGCUCCAGUAGAUGUGCCACGCAAAAUGACCAGUUUGUUGGAGCGUAAUAUUUUUGGUGCACUGAGUGGAACACUCUCUAGUGGUGUGGGGAGAACCUUGACACAUAUGCAAAGAGCUAUGGGAAUCAAAGUUCAGGAUGAAAUUAAGUACAAAGCAGUAAAAUCUGCGAUGUCUGAUCAGGAAUUCAGAAACUUUCUAGACUCAGCAGGGCAUAUGGUGAAACCAGAAGAAUUUCGAAUAAGUAUUUAUCAAGGAGGAUGUGAACCAUCGUUACGGCGAGUGGCUUGGAGGCACCUGCUUAAUGUAUUUCCACAUGGUCUUUCGGGGAAAGAAAGAUUUGAGUAUUUGAAGAAGAAGGAAAAAGAAUAUUUUGACUUGCGAGAGCAUUGGAAAAAAGAAAUACAAGAGGACUUGAUGUCAGAGGAAAUGAAAUUUGUGACAUCUAUGGUUAAAAAAGAUGUUUUGAGAACUGAUCGUGGACACAAAUUUUACUCGGGCUCAGAUGAUAACAAAAAUCUGAUUUCAUUGUUUAAUGUCUUGGUGACAUUUGCACUGUCACACCCAGAAACCUCGUAUUGCCAAGGCAUGAGUGAUAUUGCUUCCAUAUUGCUAGUUACACAGAAGGAUGAGGCUCAAGCAUAUCUGUGCUUUUGUGCACUUAUGAAAAGAUUGAAAGAUAAUUUUAACAUUAAUGGGCAUGCAAUAACAAUGAAAUUUAAACACCUUUCUGAUUUACUCCAUCUGCAUGACCCAGAGUUGCAUUCUUAUUUCCAGGAAAUCAAUGCAAGUGACUUGUUUUUCUGCUAUAGAUGGAUAUUAUUGGAACUUAAGAGAGAGUUUCCAUUUGAGGAGGCUUUGUAUAUGUUGGAGGUCAUGUGGAGUACACUGCCCCCUGACCCACCCAUCACAGGAGUACCACUCACCUCGGAAACCCUCUCUACACAAAACUUGUCUCGUUCACCAAACUCCUCUUCUUUUGGCAUGAAACAAACUGUCUAUGCAAAGUUAUUUGCAAUGAGAAGACAAAAGUCGGUGUUAAAAAGUAAAGCAUCAUAUGAAGGGGACAAUGUUUCAGAGCUGGAGCUAGCUCAGAACAGUGUGAACAAUAACUCCAGAACAAUCUCCAUUGUGCAGGAUGAAUCUAAUUCGGUGAUGGUUUCCCAAGAAUACCCAGCCAUGAUUGAUACUGAAUCAGAAAUCAUGGCAGAAAGGAGCUCAUCCAUUGAUGGAUACCUGAAAAGUCCAGUUGAAGGGAAUCAUCAUUUUAAAAGUGAUUUGCAGAAUAGUCUACAUGAAAAAGAAUCCUCAGAGGAUAGUGAUAAAAGCAUCCCAGAACACAGCGACAUCAAUCUGUGUCAGACUCCAGGAUUUGAUAAACAAAAUGAUAUUAAAUCAAAUGUGGAAGGAGAAUUGCACUUGGAAAGGUCUAUUGAUACAUAUGUCGAGAGAAAUGAAGAUCCAGUAGAUCGUGAUUGUGAACAGUCUCAGUUCCACAUGUCUCUGGACGAAAGUCUUGAAAAUGAACCCAGAGCAUCUGCUGGUGUUAAUUGUCAUAUGAAUGCUGAAGCUGUAGGUAAGCAUAGUUCUGUUUCUGCUGACCCCUUCAAAAAUAUAUCGGAGAGCAGCUGUAAUGAACAUUCCUCUACUAUAAGUGAGUCUUUGGCCUACUCUGAUACAGAAGAUUUUAGGAAAAGAAGUCUCGAGGCAAAGUCUUUCAGUUCUAGUUCAAUGUCCAAAAGUGACUUGCAUUUAGAGGAACGGGCAGACAUAUCCAAUUCGAUGGAGAUAGUUAAACAUGAUGAUAAAAAUGCAUGUCUCCCGGCUCCACAAGACUUUGGUUGUGGAAACCCCUUUUUGAUGUUUUUGUGUUUAUCACUUCUACAACAGCAUAGGGAUCACAUUCUGCAGAAGAGACUAGAGUAUGAUGAAAUUGCCAUUAUGUUUGACAAACUUGUACGGAAACAUGAUGUGCAUAAAGUGUUACAUUAUGGCAGAAAUCUUUACUCUGAAUACCUUAGGACACAACAGAAAAUAAAUGACUCUAGUGAAGGAGACCCAAGUGUAUAAAGUUUUCAAUAAAUUCAUCGCUGGCUUA